CAGCUGCACUUCUCCUCUCUCUGGACAGCAGCUGUCGCAUACUUCAGACUUCUUUCUGAUAUCAUUUAAUACGGAAGCCGUCUGGUGUUUGUACGCUCAACUCACACAGAUUCCUCUGAUGUUGUAGGUUUUGUAGCACUCAGUAGACUGGGCCGUGAUCACGCCAGGAGGACGCCAUGUCCCAACGCCACUCAGACAACUGCACGGGCGACCAGGCCCCUCUAGUUCUGGAGAGCCACUUCUCCACAGAACUACAUAUAUCUGAGCUAGGUGAUGAUUGCUGCCAGUCAGAAAGUCCCUCCACACCCCAACAUGAAACAUCCACACCCAAAGAAGAUGAAGUAGACAGGCUUGUGGUGCCUCAGCAGGUGGUCUUGAGCACCCAGAGUCCUGCAGCACUGAAGGUUGGCACUCAUCAACUCAUCCCCAAGAGUUUAGCCACGGCUGGCCGACAUAAAACCCGCCACCACACCACCGUGGUGACGUUCCCAGUGGGACUGGAGCACUCCAGCAGUGGGACCCGGAGCCGACAUUCAACCCAGGGACCAGAUGUGUCCUGGGAGGAUUAUGACAGUGAUGGAGAUGGUUUUGCUUUGAGGAGGAACCGCAGGAACAAGUCAUACAGAGCAGCUGUGACCAGCCUGGAUAUUGAAGCCAUAGCAGCAGGACAAGGGGCUAUGGCCGUGCUGAAACCUGUCAGAGAGGGCAGAGCACCCAGUCCUGGUCCAGCUCGCAGCCCUGGACACAAGCGAACCCUGGGGAGAAAGAGGAACCAGAAGCAACGUGGAUCCUUCAAAGACGCUACACCGUGCCUCUACCAGGAGAUCCGUGAACGUGGGCUGCACUCCACCAACCAGGAUGAGUUGCUGGAUGACUUUGUGGUGGUGGAGCCUCCUAUGGAGGACCAGGGCAUCGUGGUGAAGAGCUACCGGCCAGCACAGCUCACCUGGAGCCAGCUACCACAGGUGAAGGACACAGGAGUCCUGACAAUGAUCUCACCUCAGGAGAGAAAGAGACAAGAGGCUAUUUUUGAGAUAAUCACCUCAGAGCAUUCGUACCUGCACAGCCUGGGCAUUCUGGUGCGUCACUUCAAGAGCAAUGAAGCACUAAGGAAAACCAUGACGGCUACAGAGCACCAUCACCUCUUCUCCAACAUCUCUGUCAUCCACCAAGUCAGCCAGCGGUUUUUUGAGGACCUUGAACGGCGUCACUAUGACAAUCCAGUGAUUCGAGACAUUAGCGAUAUUGUUCAGAACCACGCUGCACACCACUUUGAACCCUACAUUGUCUACUGCUCCAAUGAGACCUUCCAGCAGAGGACACUGCAGAAGCUGCUGACCAGCAACAGUGCGUUCAAAGAGACCCUGAAGCAAAUUGAAGGGAGCAGUGAAUGCGGCGGCCUCCCCAUGAUCUCUUUCCUCAUCCUUCCUAUGCAGCGAGUGACCAGACUGCCCCUGCUGCUGGAUACAAUCUGCCAGAAAACUCCAGACAAGACAGCUGAGUACUUUGCUGCUGUUUGGGCUCUGCACGCCAUCAGCAAGUUGGUCACUAGCUGCAAUGAUGGAGCAAGGCGGAUGGAGAGGACAGAGCAGAUGUACACCAUCCAGAAACAGAUGGAUUUUGGUAAAAUCAAGCCAUUUCCUCUGGUGUCAUCAUCACGGUGGCUGAAGAAGCGUGGCGAGCUGGCCGUCUCCACGGAGGAGCUCAGCAUCUGGAGGGCUUUCAGCAACAGGAGCUACUACCUGUUUCUCUUCAAUGAUGUACUGAUCGUUACCAAGAAGAAGAGUGAGGAGAGCUUUGUGGUGAUGGACUAUGCCACUUUGGAGAAUGUGGAGGUGGAGGUUGGAGAGGACGCUGAGGAACGGACGUCUCCGCCUGCCAAGAACAGCCACUAUCUUUCCUUCAAACUGCUGAUGAGCAGGAACAGCGAGGGCAGAUCAGAGCACAUCUCCCUGGUGGCUGAUUCAAGGAUGGACCGGGCCCGUUGGAUAGUUGCUCUUACAGAGCACGAGCAGGCAGGUGUCUUCACCUGUACAGAUGGUCUGCCACAGUAUGAGGCCACUAAAGCCUACAUGCCAAAGGAGCCAGAUGAGCUGGGGCUACAACAGGCUGAGCUUGUCAUUGUCAUACGGAAAGAGGAAGCUUGGUGCUAUGGGGAGAGAAUGCGAGAUGGAGAGAGAGGUUGGUUUCCUGCUAGCUGUGCCACAGAGAUCACCAACCCCACUGCCAUGGAGAACAAUGUGCAACGCAUGAAGCGCUUGCGCAAAGAGACCAACGUUUGAAGGGCAAUACUAUCGUAUAAGGAUGUACACAGGGGACAAAAUAACAGAAACCCCUUCUAGUAGAUUUGUUGAUGCUCACUAUGUUCAGUUGUUGUUGAGACUGCAUUACUAGUGAAUUACGUUGGACAUAGGAAAAGUAUUAAUUACUGGUCCAGAGGUCCAUUACCAACAGACUGAAAGACAUGUUCAAGGAUAUGUAAAGCAUUAAAAGUGGACAUUAAAGCCAUCUUGGUGCCCCCAGUGGUAUAAAAUGUACAGGAGCCAUGAGGUAAUGGUUUGAUUUCAACCAGUCAGACAAUCCAAACCAGUUAUUUUAAAACAUGGCCAUUAGGUAGAACAACAAAAAACUAUUUGUAGCAGAGGCAUAUAUAUUUACUUCACCUUCUAGUGUGCAACCAAUAACUGAGACAUUUGCAGUAGUAGGAUUUUUUUGGCCAGCAAUGGACAUUUCAUUGAACUUGUACAGCACUACCUUGUUAUUUCCUUGUUGGUGUGAAUGUAAAUUUUAACUUACUGGCUGUAGUAAAUAAUGAACCUCUAAUGCAGCCUCAGGUUUUAUUUCCAAACCAGUAGCUAGGAAAUUUAAUCUUAUUGUCUACUUACACUGUAGUGUGAGAAACUGCAUGCGAAAAAAUUGAAGUGUAUUUCCUACACUUUGCUUUCAGGAAUCUUGUCCCCUGAACCCAAGAUGAGAAAUUUGAUCUACAUAGUACUAAAUACUGGUUACAUUUGUGUCAUGUGUUAAUGUCAUAAAAAGGUGCUGUCUAGGGUUUUUGUUACCAUGGUUUUGGUAAACAUUAGCCUUUUUAAAAUGUAGUUUAUGGUAUAGCAUACUAUUGAUAAAGUUGGUAGAUUAAAUAUUUACUGCACAUACAAGGUUGUCUUCGUCUACAUGUAUGAAAGGAAAAAACACUCCCAGUCUACACCUUAAUUGAAAGAAAACUAAUUCUGUGGUUUGUGCCAUUGUGUAGAGCCCAUAUACUUGAAAAUAAAAUAAAGCCACCGGACAACGUAUUCCUGGUUUCUGGACUUUUAUUUGAGCUUGCAUUUUGUUAAAAUGUUUGAAUACAUAAAAAGUUAUUUAAAAAUGUCAAACUGACCAGAUAUCAAAUUCCAUUUUCUCUUUAAAAACCAUUUGGUGUAAAAACUUAGGACAGAUUUAGAAAAACAUUUGCUGUUUCCCCAAAACUUUUUGUAGCUGUCACAUAAAAAUAAUGGAAAAAAAACAAGUCUGCAUAGAUUCUGCAGGCAAUCGGUGGUAAUCUGGUCAAAUGCAUGGUGCAAGCUUGUGACGUUCGUCAAGUCAAAUCUUUAUUGCUCAGAUCUUGUUUGAUGUUUCUUCUUG